AUGAUGUCCAAUACAAUCUCGAGGACGAAUAUUCGUCUCACAAGAGCAUUGGUAUCCUAUCGUUUGCCAUCGACAAUCAGAAAUGCCUCCUUGAACUCAGCGAUUGAGCGGGGAAUUCGGAGAUCUCAGACCGUUGACAGAGAGGAUCGUCGUGGCAACGGCUCUCCAGGACGUGGACGACAAUACGAGGGGCAAUACGGUGCGCGACAGUACGAGAGAUCAAACGAGUCUACACCCUUUCGUUCUAAAUACGACCAACCGCAUACUUCAAACUUCAGGCAAUCUUCUCGCAAUGGCAACGAAUCCCGUGGACCACGAUACGACCGACGUGAACGCUCGUCCGAAAACCAACCAGGCGAAUUGAGAUCUCAAUCUCACGGCCGCCGAGAUGAACAAUGGCCAGGCAAGGAUUCCAGGCCCUUCAAGCGUGACCGACCCGAAAGACCCCAAAAAUUCCAAUACGACGAAGAUGAAUUCAUUCGUUCCGGUAAUUUCAGAGCUCUUCCGCGUGAACAUCAAUCACGAUUCCCAUCGCGGUCCCAUGACGCUCAAUUCUCACGGCCGGACAGAGAAAGGCCUCGGCGGGAGGAACCGCAGGAGAAAGCAUCAAAAUCCAGAGCCCACCGAAUCACGGACAGUGUGCCAGAGCGUGUGAAGGAAAAUGUCAAGGUUCCUGAUACGAUCCCCUACACUACGCCAGCAUCGGAGUUCAUUUACGGUACUAGUGCGGUGGAGGCUGCGCUACGUUGCAGCCGCCGUCAAUUGUACAAGCUCUAUGUCUACCAGGGGACGGAAGAGGAGUUAAGUGCUGCCAAGGUCACAAUCCGAAAGCUGGCUUUAUCCAAGAACAUAACUGUCAAAAUGGCAUUCGCUGGUUGGGAUCGACUGAUGGAUAAGAUGAGCGCUGGGCGACCCCAUAAUGGAUGCAUUCUGGAGGCUUCUCCAUUGCCCAAAUUGCCUGUGCGUGGGUUCCAUGCUGUGUCGUCUAUAUCCGAGGAUUAUUUCCGAGCUGAGCUUGCGCCACAAUCUCGGGAAGAAGCCGCGGUAAAUGGCACCGAUGAUCGUAUCCCGAUCCAUCACCCAUCCCCGCCCUUGCAUGAAGAUCAACCUCAUCGAUACCCAGUUGCCUUGCUCUUAGAUGGUGUUGUUGACCCUGGUAAUAUGGGUGCCAUCAUUCGCUCGUCCUACUUUUUGGGAAUCGAUGCCAUUGUUCUCGCUGGCCGCAACUCUGCGCCUUUAUCCCCCGUUACUAUCAAGGCAUCUGCUGGUGCCGCCGAGAAUAUGCCCAUCCUCCACGUGAAGAAUGAGGUUGAUUUCAUAGAACGCUCCAAAGAGAACGGGUGGCGAUUCUACGCUGCCGAUGCGCCAGGCCCGGACUCGGUAUACCUGGACCGAAUUGCGGCUGAGGGUGAACAGGGUGAAGACAAGCUCCCCUUCGCAACAGGUCCUAGCGUUGUGAUGAUGGGCAGCGAGGGCUCUGGGCUAAGCUCGCACAUCAAAUCACACGCUAAUGCAACGGUCAGCAUUCCAGGUGCUCGUCACAGCCCAGGUCUGGGUGUAGCCUCGGACCCUGCCCGCAUUGACAGUCUGAACGUCAGCGUUGCGGCUGCGCUAUUGAUGGAGAAAUUCCUACGAACUCCUCUUGCUGUGGCUGAGACUGUUAGCAAGAAGAAGACGAAGAACCAAGGGGAGAAGAUGUGGUAA